AUGAUUGAUGAUGGAACACUAUUUAAAUUGAAUCAAGAUCGUUAUCGUCUAGUAUGUGGCAUUUGGUUGCGUGAGCAAGCACACAAAUUAGAAUUACAUCGUGUAUGGAUUAAAACAUCAACGGAUCAAAUACACAAUGUUUCCAUUCAAGGUCCUAAGUCACGAGAUUUAUUAAAAUCAUUAAACAUUCGAACAACCUCACAACGCCCAACUAUCAGCGAGUUAAAAUGGUUUCGUUUUACAAUUGGAAAAAUGGAUAAUCUUGAUGGAACCUGUGAAAUACCAUUGUUAAUAUCACGGACAGGUUAUACCGGCGAAUUAGGUUAUGAAAUAUGGUGUCAUCCAUCAAAUUCUGUCAAAUUAUGGGAAAAAAUUUGGUUAAAUGGUCAAAAUCCUAUGUUUAAUUUAAAACCGCUGGGACUGUUAGCUUUAGAUAUUUUAAGAAUUGAGGCUGGUUUAAUAUUUUUUGAGUAUGAAUUUGAUGAGCAAACAGAUCCAAUCGAAGCGGGUAUUGAAUUUGCUAUUGACUUUGCUAAACAAGAGAAUUUUAUUGGUAAACAAACAUUAAUCAAACGAAAGGAAUAUCAGCGGCAAAAGUUAGUUGGUUUAGAAUUACACUGUAAUGGUGGUAGUGAAAUAGGAUCACAUGGUGACUGUGUGCACUUGGAAAAUAGUCGUCAGCAAAUUGGUAUUGUUACCAGUGGUUGCAAAUCACCUAUUCUGAAUAAAUCAAUAGCACUUGCACGAAUAAGUGCUGAACAUAGUCAGGUGGGAAAUAGAGUCGAAAUUGGAAAAUUAGAUGGUUAUCAGAAACGAAUUAAAGCAACCAUUGUUAAAUACCCAUUUUAUGAUCCGGAGAAGACAAAAUUAAGAUCAUAA